AGCGCGCGGCCGCAGGGGCCGGCCCGAGAACGCGGCGCGAGGGAUGCGAGCCGGAGCUGGCGCACCCGAGGGAGAAGGGCUCCGAGACGGCGCGCGGGCUACGGAGGACUGACACUUCUUGCAAACUCUUGGAAAUGGCUCCCGCCACCGCGUCGGAGAGCGCAGCGAGCCCGGGGCGAACGCUCGCCCCUGCUGGGCUGUGGAGCGGCGCUCGCGCCCGGAGCCCCGAGGCGCUGUCCCUGCGCUCCGCCGUCGGCUCUAGCUGAAAAGUUUCUCCAUGCUUCCUUUGUGUUGCCCGAGCGCCCAGUCGCUGGCCCCGAGCUGCCCGGGUCUCCCUGGGAGGUGACCAAGCAGCUAGUGGGCAGCAGGCGCUCCCCCUACACACGCCUCGGCCCCAGUCCUACUGGCUAGGCACGCACCCCACCAACCACCAUGAUCGCCACCGGUGGUCUCCUGAGGAUUUCCGCCAGAAAGCAGGAUCCCCUCCGACCCCCCAACCAGGUCCCUAAGCACAAGAGGAAAGCCAAGAAGAGGCGCAAGAACGAUGUGGUUGUGGUGAAAGGCAAGCUCAAGCUGUGCUCCAUCUCGGGGUUCAUCGCCCUCUGUGGGAUCCUAGUGCUGCUGGUGGGCAUAGCCUUGGCGGUGGUGGGCUACUGGCCCAAGCCCAACGUGGCCAACAGGGAGGGGAGCAAGCAGCUACUACCCGCGGGCAGUGGCUAUCGCUUCACCAGCAUUGCCAACAGCAGCAGCAGUGGCAGCAAAAACCCGACCAGGAGCUACGAGGGGACCCCGGGGGGUGUCAACUCCAGUUCGAUGGGGGCGCCCAGGAGCACGCCUCCCGCAAGAUCUGCAGCCGCGUCUUCAUCCUCUACAUCCGUGGGCUUCUUCUUCCGCGUCUUCUCUGGCUACCUGCACUCGGACAAGCUCAAGGUCUUUGGGCCCCUCAUUAUGGGCAUUGGCAUCUUCCUCUUCAUCUGUGCCAACGCGGUGCUCCAUGAGAACAGGGACAAGAAGACCAAGAUCAUCAACCUGCGGGACCUCUACUCCACGGUCAUCGACGUGCACAGUCUCCGAGCCAAAGACCUGGCAGCGGCUGCAGCCGCCGCCGCCGCCGCCGCUGCCUCCUCCUCGUCCUCAGCCCCGGGCUCGGCGCCCCCCGGGGCGACCCCUCUCAAUGGCUUCCUCAGCUACGUGCAGUCGCGGGGCCUGCAGCUGAAGCCUGGCAGCUGCGCAGGGACUGCAGACGCCUUCGGGGCGGCGGCGCUGCUGGCCAGGGGCUCGUGGCCCCACCCCGCCGCGCUGGGCGGGGGCGCGAGCGGGACUCGGGGCGCGGGAUCCCCACCUGACCUGGCCUCGUCUCCGCGUUGUCCGAGGGAGCCCCCGAGUCUGGCGGAGGCGGUGUACAGCAUCUACAGCGAGAGCUCUGGCGAGGCUGGCCGUCGCCGGACCACAGUCGCCGCGGUGGCAGCUGCCGCCACCAAUGUCACCGCGGCUACCAGCGGCGGCAGCAGCCCAGCCCCCUGCAGCCCAACCGCGAGUUGGGGGCGUCAGAGCACCGCCAGCUCCCUCGUGGGCUCCUCGCUGAGCGCCUUCGCCUUGCUGCCCUUGCAAGGGGACCGGGACAGGGACGGGGACGCGGAGGGCGCGAGCUGCAGCUGGCAGAGGCCGCCCGGGGAACGCGGGUCUCAGGAUCUCCCGCAGGGAGAGCUGGACCUGAGCGUGACCGACCUCCGCGGCGCCGAGGGCGGAGCGCACUGGGCGCCGGGCGAACUAGAGGAGCCCGAGGGCGCGGGGACAGUGCUCACCGCCAGGGGGCAGGGCGGCCGCCUGCCCAGGACCGGCAGGUCCACCGCCUGGCGACGCCGCAGCAUCAGCGGGCUCCGGGACUACCGGGUGCCGCCGUCGCAGGAACCCGCGUCCUCCCCUUGCGCGAAGGACCUGGACUCCAGCCCUCUGGACAGAGCCGCCUCUCCCUCGCUUCCUCUGCGACUGGAGGACUCGCCCCCCGCCCCGCGCGACUCGCAGAGCUUGCAGUCGGAUGAUCCAUCCAGCAGCAAUAAGGGCUACAUCCCCCUAAGGGAGGCAGACACCUCGGCGGAGUCGGUCGUGGACGCAGUAGCCAGUACCAGGCUAGAUCGUGCGGAUACCACUGCUUCGGGCACGGAGCAGAGCCGCUCAGAGGAUCUUAGUCAAGAGCCCAGUAGGGCAGAGCAGCCUCUGUCUUUGCAGAGGCAGUUUACAAACAAGGAGAAACUCUUCAUGAUUUCUAGGUCUCAUGCCACAGGAGUAGAAGACGGAGAACUGGAAAGCUCUGGCACUUAGGGGAAGGGGUGCAGGGAAAGGAGAGAGAAGAUGAGAGGGGGUUCCCCCUUGGAAUCCGUGCAUUAUGCCCCUGUGGACAGGUCCAAGGAAACCAUUCAAUAUCCAAAGAGCUGCAGAAUGUUAUCCUUGAAUUGUGUUCACAAGGUUCCUGUAGAUAACUCCAAGCAAUUUUUUUAAAAGCAAACUAGUCUUUUUAUGUCCGAUGGUGAUUGUAUGUUCCAUGAAAACCAAAUGUAUUAACAGGUCAGCAAUCUAGUUCAUUAGAUAAAAUUCUCUUAAUUUUCUUAGGAUCAAAAUAAUAUAUUUUUGAAAGUAACUGUGCACUUUACUCCAGUUUUUCUUUGAUCCCCGUUUCCUCUCGUCCCUGUACUCUGCUGCUGGCUUUGUCUAUAGCUGCUUGUGAAUGAACAACAAGCCUUUUAUUUCAAAAUAUUUCUUUUUCGGAGCCUAGAAGAGUUGGACUCAGUUAUUGUAGAAUUGAUCUUUCUAGAUAAAGUCAAAGCCCAAAGCAUGAGGAUUUCAGGGAAAGAGUGCUUUCCUUAUCCCACCCCACUCUGCUCCUACAACUGUCCAAAAGACUCUAUUUUUUAAAAGGAUUCUUGCAUUUUGAUACCAGGGUAUGUUGAGACUGGAGGUGGGCAGGAACCAGAUGAACUGUUACAUUCCUGAAUUCACAAUAUCAAGAACACCAUGCUUUAUUGAGUAUUAUCACACCUGUAUGGAAAAUAGCAUUAAUAUUUAAAAUUUUUU